AUGAAGCCUUCUCCCUCUACAAGAUCAGUUGAAAAGAAGACCAGCGGGAUCGACCCGUCAAUCGACAAAGACGAGGGGCUCGUGGAGUACUCGGAAGUUGUCAUUGGGGGAUACAGCGAGACAUGGUCUGGUUACUCGGAUGAAUACAACCGGGCCGGACUCCGGAUUGCCACAGACGAAGACUGCCAUACACUUCGAAAAGUCGCUGCUCCCAUCACGGGAAUGACCUACAUGUUGUCUCUGGUGGAGUUUGCCGAACGAGGUUCGUAUUACGGACUCACCAACGUCAUCUCCAACUUUGUACAGUUUCCUCUCCCCAAGGGCGGAAACGGAUGGGGAGCCACUCCGAGAGGUUCUCAGCUGACGGCCGGGGCCCUGGAUCAGGGUCUUCAAGUGGCCACGGCUCUCACUCUUGUUCUCAACUUUUUGUCCUAUCUGACCCCUCUGCUGGGAGCCUACUUGGCCGACUCCAAGUACGGGCGAUUCCGCACAAUCUGGGCCGGAACAGUUAUCUGCGGUAUUGGACACACUGUGAUUGUGAUUGCCGCCAUCCCGGGGGUUCUCGAGCACCAAAAGGCAUCUCUAGGGGUCUUUAUCGUCGGGCUUAUCAUCUUUGCAUUCGGCACGGGGCUCUUCAAACCAAACUUGCUGCCACUUCUUCUGGAACAGUACCGAGAAGACGACAACUGGGUCAAGCGUCUCCCAAGUGGGGAGGAGGUGGUCAUCGACAAAGAAUCCACCCUGCAAAGAAUGACCCUGGUCUACUACUGGUCCAUCAACGUGGGGGCGUUUCUCGGUCUAGGAACUUCCUACGCCGAGAAACGUAUCGGGUUCUGGCUCGCCUUUCUGGUUCCCACAAUUCUCUACUUUUUUCUGCCCUUCUUCCUCUUCCUCAUUCAAAACAGAGUCUACAAGAUCCCACCUACAGAGGACUCCAUCAUUGCGGGCUUCUUUGGAGUCAUGUACCAGACGAUACUCCGGAAACCCUCCACGUACCCAGACAAGUUUGUGGCCGACGUGUGGUCCACCCUCAAAGCCUCCCGCUUCUUUCUCUUCUUUCCCAUCUACUUUCUCAAUGAUACCGGCAUAGGAGCCCUCUCCAACUCCCAGGGAAGCUCCAUGAUCACCAACGGAGUUCCAAACGACCUUCUCAACAACUUCAACCCCAUCACCAUCAUCGUAGCCAUCCCCAUGGUCAACUACGGCCUGUAUCCACUGCUGAGACGCUACAAGAUCAACUUCCGAGCCUCGCUGAGAAUCUUCUUGGGGUUCAUACUAGGCGCCUGCUCACCAAUGAUCGGAGCCAUCCUCCAGUGGAGAAUCUACGAAACCUCCCCCUGUGGAUACCAUGCUACCGGAUGCAACAAGGGGGUAGCCCCAAUCACAAUCUGGUGGCAGGUGUUUCCGUACGUAUGCACUGCUCUGUCAGGAAUCUUUGCCACCAUCACUUCAUACGAGUUGGCCUACUCUCUAGCUCCGACUCAUAUGCGAUCAAUCGUCAUGUCUCUGCUUCUGUUCAUGUCGGCCUUCAGCACCGCCAUCGCCACAGGUAUCACUCCGGCUCUGAGAGAUCCAUAUCUUAUCUGGCCCUUUGUAGGUCUGUCGGCUGGAGGAGGAGCAUUUGCAGUGGCAUUUCUGUGCUGCUACUGGAGGCUCGGAGAGGGUCAGAAGUUGUCCGUGUAA